AUGCUGUUCUUGCUGACCCUGGCCCUCCUCGCCAGCCCUGCCUGCAGAGCCCAGGAGAUGCAGGGCCCAGGAGGCGGCGCCUACUUCUACGUCAAGGGUGAAGAACAGGGUGAGAUCCGGGCAAUCCGUGUCUUCGUGGGCAUCCUGGGCUUCAUCAAGGGCAUCCAGCUGCGGUUCGGCUCGUGCUGGAGCGCGCGCUACGGAGCGCCGGGCGGGCGCGCGCAGGAGCUGGCGCUGCGGCCGGGCGAGCGCGUGACCGCGGUGGACGGGCGCGCGCUCGCCUGCGUCUGGCGGCUGCGCUUGGUCACCAGCGAGGGGCGCGAGGCCGCCUUCGGGCUCCUCGGCCGCCCGUUCAGCGCCCAGGCCCCGGCGCGGGCCCCGCGGCUCCUGACCGUCAACGGCCAGCACCGUCUCCUCUGCCUGUCCGGGAUCGGCUUCAAGUGGGGGUCGGCUCCAGAGGGGCCCGCGACGUCCAGCCGGGGACCCGCGACCUCGGCGCCCGCGCCCCCCACGCCGUCCCCCACGCCGCCCCCCACGCCGCCCCCCGGCCGCGCCACCCGGCAGCCGGGGGCGCUCACCUGGCCGGGCUGGGCGGCCAGGUGA